AUGGAAAACUGGCUGAAACAAUCUGGGGCGUCAGGCUUAAACGGCCCCGAGCUUGCCGACUUCUUGGAUACCGGCCGCGGUGUCAGAACGCGGAGGCGAUUCGAGGAAGGAGAAAAAAUUCUCACCAUUCCACAUCGCGUUCUCUGGACAGUCAAACACGCAUAUGCUGAUCCACUCCUUGGGCCAGCCCUUCGCUCUAUGCGGCCGCCCUUGUCUGUCGACGACACCUUGGCUACGUAUAUUCUCUUUGUCAGAUCGUGUGGGUCGGGAUACGAUGGACUGCGAAGCCAUGUGGCGGCGCUGCCUGCAAGCUAUGCUUCGAGCAUCUUCUUUACCGAGACUGAGCUGGAAGUUUGCGCGGGAACUUCGCUCUACACUACCACGAAGCAGCUAGAUCGCCAGAUCAAAGACGAUUAUAAGAGAUUAGUAGCGCGACUGUUUGGACGACAUCGAAAACUGUUUCCAGCCGACAAAUUCACCAUCAAAGAUUACAAGUGGGCUCUCUGCACCGUAUGGAGUCGUGCUAUGGAUUUUCAGCUACCCGAUGGAGAUUCAAUUCGACUUUUGGCCCCCUUUGCGGACAUGUUGAACCACUCGUCCGAGGUUAAGCAGUGUCACGCCUACGAUGCCCUGUCUAAAAAUCUCUCUAUUCUUGCCGGGAAAAACUACGAAUCAGGAGAUCAGGUUUUCAUUAAUUAUGGGCCUAUUCCAAACAAUCGCCUUUUGCGUCUCUAUGGGUUUAUCAUGCCCGACAAUCCCAAUGACAGCUAUGAUCUCGUUCUCAUGACGCAUCCCAUCGCGCCAUUUUUUGAGCAAAAGCACAAACUCUGGUUAUCGGCUGGGCUCGAUUCGACCUCUACCAUUUCUCUUACUCUCACUGAUCCGCUACCAAGAAGCAAAAUCAGCGAUUUAAACGAAGUGGAAAUCCUGCAGUUUCUAGUGGAAUCAAUUACUAGUCUUCUCGACGGUUUCGGAACUCAACUCGAAAAGCUGGAAGAGCAACUCGCAGAAGGGUUCUAUUCCCCGGGAGGGAACACAUGGUCGGCGGCGCACGUCAGCUUGGGUGAACAGCGGGUGUUGAGGUUGACGAGAAAGACAGCGGAGGAUUUGUUGGCGGCGGUAGAGAGCGGAAGUGGAAAUGGGAGUGGCCUGUUGUCGGCACCGGCCCAAUGCGCGAAUUGCGAAAAUGUUUCUGUGCAGUUGAUGCAGUGCGGAAGGUGCAACAAGGUCAUGUACUGCGGGCGGACGUGCCAGGUCGCCCAUUAUAAAGAGCACAAGGCGAUGUGUCGGGCUACAUCAGCUAAGAAUGGUUCUAACAGGAAUUAA